AACGACAGUAAUCCAAUUCGACGAACAGAUCGAGCCGAUAAAUAAACCGAAUAUAUAAUCGCUUUACUUUUACAAAUAUUUUUCUCGUCCAGAUUCAAAAAUCCGAUUCUUCUCCCGAAGGGAACAUCCACAACUUCCAACGAUCCAAAACUUUCCUUCCUUAUUAUAAAAAACACGUGUUAUAUAUAUCACAGACAAGUAUUCGCAAUUAUCGUAUAAUUUAUCGUGCAAAUAUAAAAAAUCGAAAUAAUUUUGCUCGAUCGGUAUUUAUUUUUGUAAAUUAUUAUCAUUAUCCAAGAUAACGAAAAAGUAUUUUCUUUCUUCUUCGGAAUAAUCGAAGCUUACGUUUAAAGAUUACGAUAUUAUUAUAGUAUCCACUUUCCACGAUAUAAUACGAAGUAAUGGGUUGUUUCGAUCAAACGGAUGUGGCGCGCAUUUCAAAACGAGUAAAGUUCGUGACGAAGGCACGUAGGCGUAACACACGCACAGAACGAAAAGAACGACGAUUUAGGCAGUAUUUGCUGUAACGCUCGUUCACAUUUAUUUUUUAAUUAUUACGAAUAAUAAUUUCGCUAACUUUCUCUCUCUCCCAUUUCAAGCCAACCAAUGAUCGAUUAUCGGACAAACCAUUCGUUCGAGCAGUUUGAGAGAUAAUAAGCUCAUGAUACAAUGGCGAGAUAUUUAAUUUAAUUUAUCGUUGUUAUUAUUAUUAUUAUUAUUAUUGUUAUUGUUAUUGUUAUUUAUCGUAGCGAGUCGUUGGAAGUUAUGGACGGUCAUAAAUCCAGAGUGUUCAGCGCGUGUUUCAGACCAAAAUCGGCACACGAGUUGAUCAGCGGCGGUUGGGACAACACUAUUCAAUUUUGGGACUCGAGGCAACCGUACGCGCUCAGGCGUAUAUCGGGCGUGCAUAUGUGCGGUGAUGGACUCGACAUAAGCAAGAAUGGAAAAGAGAUCUUAUCGUGCUCGUGGCAAAGGGAGAAUUCCAUCCAAUUGUGGGAUUACGGUAGCGGAAAGCUGCUCGUUUCCUUGAUGCCCGACAGUUAUUCCUCCCUUCUCUAUUGCGGCAAAUACGUGUCGAGCAUGUUCAUCGCUUGCGGCGGCACGGAUAUCAAUCUCUUCAGGGUGGUCGACUUGCGAUCCCACGCCGUGAGUAUACAUAUAUACACGCAUAAAUUUCUCGUUUGCUCGACGUUGGCGAUGGUCAGGAAUUUACGAGGUGGAACGUACAGUUUGGACAUUGGUCCGGUGAAUCCGAAACACGCGAAGAAAAUUCGGUCCAUCAGCAUUGUAUCGCAGCUCGCGUUCUGCGCUGGCAAAAGGAUAUACGAGAUCGACGCUCAACCGACAUGA